AUGAAUAACAACGAUGAAAUCAAGCAAACUGUUUACAUUAGUUUCAACAUUAAUGACUCGGAUGUUUCUUCAUUCAUUAGGUACUUAGUUGCAGCCUUACACCGCGAAGGUAUCGACGUGGCAUCUGAAAAAUCCGGCCACGAUCUGAACAAGGGCUGGUUUUCCCGUAUCAAGCUUUUUGUGGUGGUUUUCUCAAAGCCAUGCACGUAUUCUGUGGCAUGCCUAGAGAAGCUUGUGAAGCUUCUUGAGUUCCUGCGAGAAGAAGACAAUGUGGUGGUUCCGGUAUUCAAUGACGCAAUGGCGAAACAAAUGGAUCGGAGAAACUUUCUGGAGCGUUUGAGGCACUGGGAAAGUCUCAUUCUGCAGAUCAGCGAAGCAGCCGAACUAAUUGAAGAGAUCGCCAAGAAUGUAUUUCAGAAGCUCAAUCCAACGGAAAAUAUUGGGAUACACACGCAGUUACGAGUGCAAGAAAACUUGUUAUGCAAGCAACCAUGGGGCUUUCGUUCUAUAGGCAUUUUAGGCAAGCCUGGGAUAGGCAAAACGACGCUUGCUGAAGCAGCCCUUCGAAGAAUGCGCGAUGGCUAUGAUGUUCCUCGCUUCAUCAGAGAAUGCAAUAACAAGAUCACUGAGCAUUUUUCUGAUGAAGACUUUCAAGAGAUCUCAGUGGAAAAGUUUGACCUAAACAAUCAAGAUGCCGGGCCAUGUCAUCGUCAAAAAAGACUUCUCCUUGUCAUAGAUGGUUUGCAAAAUGCUCAAGAUGCAGAGUCUUUUCUAAGUGGAUUUAAUCGGUUUGGUCCAGGGAGCUUACUCAUAAUAACCUCAAGUGAAAGAGAAGUUCUUGAGAAGUGCCAUCUCAAUGAGAUUUAUGAACUUAAAGGUCUCGAUGAUGAAGAUGCCUUGAAGCUAUUCACAAGGUGUGCCUUUGGGAAAGAUGUUAUAGACGAAGAACUUCGGAAGCUUUCGGUAAGUGAGAUUGAACGUUGUGAUGGAAACCCGUCUACUAUUCGCUCACAUGCCGAGAAGAUGAAGAGCAGGAUGGAAAGAAUAGACAUGGAGUCAGCUUUGGGCAGGUUUUGCCACAUAUCUUCUUUAUGUUUUCAGGAAACUAUGAAUAGUUUCUCUAUAACUCCGAAGCAGUCUUUCUUUAUCACUGACGCGUACAACUAUCAAUGGGAUCUUGAGAAUUUCUCGGGAUUCGACCUAGCCUGCAGCUUGGAGAUUAGGUUGAGUGACCUAAGGGGUCAAUGCUUGAAUUAUGACUCUAGGCAAAAGUUUUUCUUUUCUACCAUCUCAUCAACCUAUCUAUCCGAUUUUACGGAUCUCUCGCUACCCAACUUCACUAGCCCUGCCAUUGAGUCUAUGCCUAUAGACCUAAAGAUUCUCCAAUUAGGUCAAGAAACGUUACUUGUUUGUCAAGUUAACAAACCUUGGGAAGGAUAUAAGAGCUUCUCGAUAUUUAAAAUAAUCAAGCUUGGCCAAUCGAAGAAACUAGUUGAACUUGAAGACAUUUCUGAAGCACGUGACCUUGAGAGAACCGAUAUUCAAGAUUGCACAAGCAUGAAGAGCAUAACAGUAGUAACUGAUCACCUAGAGCCUCUCCAAGUUCUAAAUAUGUCUAGUUGCAUUGAAAGCCAGAUUCUUCAGUGGGGACUCCAAACAGAUCCCCUGUGCCUUCUCUACAAUUCAGCAAACGAGACAAAAUCUCAUUUCUACUUUGAUUGCACCUUCUGUAGGUCGAUUUGGACCGCAAUAAGCAGUAGGAUACAUCUCUCCCCUCUACAGAUAUGGGAGGAUGUAUUCUCUGCCAUGGUAAACCUCAAAGAAUCCAAAGCUAAGGAACUCCUAUCCCGAAUGGCUUGGCACUCAACUAUCUACGGUCUCUUGUUUGAGAGAAACAGUCGUCUUUACAGACAGAGUUACAGAUCAGGGGAUGCAAUACUGGCGCAAAUCGACAGAGAGUUCAGAAGCCAAGUUUCACGUUUGAGAAAGAGACACCCUAAAAUAGCUUCUAAAAUCCUUGGACUCUGGCUCGGAACUUCUUCAUGUCGCUGA